UAUAUUGGAGAAAGGAUGAUGAAGAUGGAGCUGCCAGGCAGGAGGAAAAGAGGAAGACCUCAGAGGAGGUUCAUGGAUGUAGUGAAGGACAUGCAGAGGGCUGGUGUGACAGCAUCCUCGCUGGGAUAGAGUGAGCGUCCCCCCACCUGCAGCCCCACCAUGAACACAGCAUCCUCCGUGUCUCUGCUCCAGCUCUCCUGGACAGGGUUCAGACUGUGUGCAUCUAAAGGCCCUCGCUCCGGAGCCUCGAGCCUGACAGCAGCAGCUUCCACCUGUUUUCCACACGUCUCACCCUGCAGACGCUCCUUAUCCAGCAACAUCAAAGUGCGCUCCUACCUCCAGUACAUCAAACGUAAGAUCAUCUCCCCUCCCAGUCCUCCGUACAGCCACGUGUGUCAGGUGGGAGACCCGGUGCUGCGUUCACAUGCAGCUGCUGUGGACCCUGCAGCUGUGACAGGACCUGAGAUCCAGCGCGUCAUCAGCACUAUGGUGAAAGUAAUGCGGAAGCUUGACUGCGUGGGAUUGAGCGCACCGCAGAUCGGGGUGCCGCUCCGCAUCCUGGCCCUGGAAUAUUCCAAAAGGAUGCUUGAAGAAAGUUCGCCUGAAUCAAGGGAGCUCCGCGGUCUCUCCGUCCAACCCCUGAGGAUCUUUGUGAACCCGCAGCUCAGGGUGCUGGACGGUCGCACGGUGCUGUUUCAGGAGGCCUGCGAGAGCAUCUCAGGCUUCUCUGCCACAGUGCCACGCCACCUGUCUGUGGAAGUGUCAGGUCUGAAUGAAAAUGGUGAAGCUGUAAAGUGGCAGGCUAGUGGCUGGCCAGCUCGGAUCCUGCAGCACGAGAUGGACCACCUGGAUGGGGUCCUCUACAUUGACCGCAUGGAUACAAAGACCUUCAUCAAUAUCAGCUGGCAGGCAUAUAAUGAAUGAAGAUCCUCGGCACAGACUGUCGGGCUGAUGCUGCAGACCAUCUCUGAAGCCCCUCUGCAGAAGAACGUUCUCACAUUUCCUGUAAAAUAUCUUCUGUCCUGCACCGAACGGCACAUUCUGGUUCAUGGUUCCAUGAAACCCUAAAAGCAGGUCGAGCUAAAGGAGGCUGUUUCUGUGGACCUCAGAUCUGUGUUUUGGUUAUAAAUGCUGAAUCAUUAAAUGUUACCUUCCACCACACAGGACAAAGGACACGGCUGGGACGUGCACGGCCCCACUGAUGGUCUAAAUUAUUGCCUCCUUACAGAGUCCAGAUACUUUAACACAUCGGCAGUGACUGGUCAUU